AUGGAACAAGUGCUAGGAGAUUUGGAAGCUAGUGAACAACAUGUGCGCACCCUAACUGAUUCAGCUCAGCAAGCACGUCUUCAGUGCGAUGAAGCCAUAAGAAAGAUGGAAUCCUACCGUGAGCGAUUCGAAUUGGCCGUUCAAGAAAUAGAAAGUUUGGCUCGAGCAAAUGAAGAAGUCCGUCAUCUUGAAGCAGCUCUUGAGCAGAAUCGAUCCGAAAAAGCAAAAUUAUACGAAGAACUGACGAAUUCGCAAACUUACAUUGAUCGAAUUGUCAUCGAGAAGGAUGCACUACUCUCUCAGCUGACUGCUCUUAAUGGGCAAUUGGACGAUAGAACCAACCGUCUGCGACAGGCGGGUGAAGCAAAAAUGGAUACUACCUUACGAAUCGUGGAAUUGGAGUCGCAAAUUGCCACCCUUCUACACGAGAGAGAUCAGUCAACUGAGCACAAUCCUGAACUUCCGUCAACAAGCGGACUCAGUCGUGCAGCACCCACGGAGCAUGUU